UGCUGCCGUCUUCUUUGUUGUUUCUGUAGCUCACUCCCACCCCCAGACCCUCCACCCAUCCCGCCCCUCCAACACCACCACCCCCUUCCCCUGCAACCUCUCCUCCCAUCAGAACCCGCCCGGGCGGCGAGCAGCAGCGGCGGGCAGCGAGAGAGAGAGAGAAAAGGAAAUAAAACAACCGAACAACUCCUCGCAUUGAUUCAGAACCUUCACUAUUCUCAUCGAGGGAGGCUCUGAACAAGCUGUGUGCAAGGAUUUGGAAGGGGCAGAGUGGGGGAGGGAGGGAGAGAGAGAGAGAGAGAAGCUGCCACUGGCUUUGUGCAGCAGUCAGAGAGAGAGAGAGAGAGGGGGAUGACCGGCCUGAGGAGCAGCAGGAGGGGGUGAUGUUCCAGGAAGGACGACAGCGUCUUCCCGUGUGAGUGAGGAGCCGCCUGCCAGCCUGCCCCCUCCCUCCCAGCCUCUCUCUCUCUCCCCUCCGCCUCCCUCCCUCCGUUCCCUCGCGGGUGUUCGCCUCUCGGUGUGGUCAUGGUGGGGAGGUUGUGGUCCUCCCCGUGCCCCCUGCGCUUCUCGGCCGCCUCUCGGUGCCUCUGCUUUCUCGCUGUCUUCGCUCUGAGCCGCCUGCCCGUGGUCCUGCUCGCCAACCCGCUCUCCAGCGCCGAGUGUCAAAGCGGCAAAGCCAAAGGAACAAACUGCUCAGAAUUCAAUGAACGAGAAAAUGAUUUCAAGAUGUGUGAUGAGACCACAUGUAAAUUUGGUGGCGUGUGUAAGGAAAUUGGGGAUGACUUGACAUGUUCGUGCCAAUUCCAAUGUCAUACACAUUACAUCCCUGUUUGUGCAUCCAAUGGAGAUACUUAUCAAAAUGAAUGUUUCAUGAGGCUGGCUGCAUGCAAGUAUCAGAAAGAAAUCACAGCUGUAACUGAAGGUCUAUGUUAUACAGAAAAUGGCUCUGGGUCUGGAGAAGGAGAAUAUGAAGGCUCAGGAACAGAAAGACGGCAAAAGCAUGUAAAGUGUGGAAAAUGCAAGUAUGGGGCUGAAUGUGAUGAAGAUGCAGAGGAUGUCUGGUGUGUGUGCAAUAUAGACUGCAGCAGAUUCAACUACAAUCCAGUGUGUGCAUCUAAUGGAAAAUCAUAUGAUAGUCCUUGCCUUGUCAAAGAAGCAUCCUGCCAGAGACAGGAAUGGAUUGAAGUAAAACGGCUUGGUAAAUGCCAAGAUGACACUGCUUCUUUGGGGAAAGACAAUGGAUUUCAACUGGGUACAGAAGUUAAAGAUGCCAGUGAUCAAAGAGAAGAUAUUUACACUGGAAACUACCAGCCGUGUUCAGAAAAUGUCUGCUUGCAUGGCAAAUGUGAAUAUAUUUACGCUCGUCGAGAGACAUCCUGUCUCUGUGACUCUGGAUACAUUGGACAGCGCUGUGAAAACAGAGACUUCAGUAUUCUAUAUGUUGUUCCAAGUGGGCAAAAGCUUCACUAUGUCUUAAUUGCAGCAAUAAUUGGAGCUGUGCAGAUUGCCAUAAUAGUUGCUGUGGUGAUGUGUAUAACAAGGAAAUGUCCAAAAAAUAACCGAGGCCGCCGACAGAAACAAAACCUAGGACAUUUUAACGCAGACUGCACCACUUCAUCAAGGAUGGUCUAGUUUAUCAUUUUUAUACCUUUUUGUCUUCAUUUACUAUGUCUCACCAAUUGCUCAAUUAUAACUGAUUUUUUUUUUCCCUGAGAAGAAGAUUUUUGUUUCAGAGGCCUUGGUUUUCUGAACCUGUGCCAGCAUAGGAAUUACUAUGUCUGGGGAUAUGACCAAGAUAUUUGAGUGAUAAAUAAAUAAAUGAGACAGUCUAUUCAUAACUGACAGUUUCACCAUCCGCCAGUAGGAGGGUUCCUUGAUUUCUAGAGAAAAAAGUUUCAAACAGAGAUUUAGGAACAAGUCAAGAUAACACUACUGGCCUCAAAAUAGAAUACUAAUGAAAGGACCAUUUUUGUACUUUAUGAGAUGAAUUUGCUCUUUGUUUAUGCCACUCACAUGUUGUGUAAUAACCUUGCCACAAUGUUAAUAAUAAAUCACAAAUGACACUUGAAAGGCAGAGAAUUACUUGAAGAAGGUUUAAAUGCGAGAUCGACUGAACCUGCUCAAGACAAGAGGAUUAAAGAAAAGGGGAAAAAAAUGUUUACAACUAACUUUCCUUGCAAGACAUGAAGGGGUUUUUUGAAGUUAUUAGGAAUUGAUGCAUUUUCAAACACUAUUUGCAUGAUUUGUGGAACUGUGUACUGUGAUUAGUUUAAAUUCAAAGCUGUUUGGAUUGAGUAUGUGGUGGACAUCUGAGCCGUGCCAUUCGGAUAACUCUGUCUCCGCAGCUAUAUUUGACUCCCCUUGAUGUAAAUUUAGUAACUCAUCAAUGUAACUGGUGGUGCUUAUGGUGUGUGCCACAGGGAAAAAAAAAUUGUUUUGUAGAACAAGACUUUAGGUUGAUCAUUUGGUGUAUUUAUUGAGAUUCAAAUGGAUUUAAAAGUUAAAUUGAUACGCUGUUAUUAGUCACCAUUAUGCUGUGAUAAAAUACACUGUAAUUAUUUAAACAUGUGUUGUAUUUGAGAUUACUUUGCAAAUGGUACUAAAGUCUCAACAGUGUCACCUACUGGGCAUGUGUGUUUAGGAUUGUGGUUUAACAAAGUUUCAUGGUUCUGUCACUGCAGAGACAAGGGUGUGAGCUGCCUUUAUAACACAAUAUUGCAUUUUCCCAGAAUUCAAAACAAUUUUGACCUGAGUGAAAUUAAGUGGUGCCAUCUUACCUCAUAAUUCAGUUCUCAGCUUAUUUGUCAAAAUUCUAGAAGCACCAUCUUACAUAAUCUUUUUAGUUUGAUCGCAAAUUAUCAAUCUUCAAAUAUUUAAUUUUAAUGUUGAAAUUCAGUUCAAUGAGAUUAUGCUAGCUUAUUCAUAAACAUAGUCUAUAGCCUAUCUUUUGCAAUAAAUAUAUUUCCACUUUUUUUAAAAGGAAGUAAGCACUGGUUUGACAGAAAAUACAUUUUAUUGCAGUAGAUUGUAAGACCUUUCCCCCUUUAAAAUCUAGAUCAUUAUACUUAAUGGUUAUUUCAGAAAUAUAUCAAUAAACUAAAGUCAAAUGAUUAACAUUAGAGAUAUUUUACCAUAAUCUAUCAGUGAUAUAGCCUUUUCUUUACAAUUGACAAAUGUGGUAGACCCUGUAUUAAAAUGUGUUUUUUUUCACACUGCAAUACACUGAGACUGACACAUACUUUAAAAACAGCCUAAAUUCAUAUCAGCUAGCACUCAGUGGGAAUACUCUCACCUCCAUGUCAGCAGGUUGUGGGAUCAGGUUCCAUUCCACAGAUCUUAGCACUUAGUUUGAACUGCCACUUAAGAAUAGUUAUGAAGAAUUGCUGCACUAACAGAGGUUGCAUUUUUUUCAAUGACUUCUUAAAUUGCUGGCCUUGUCUUCCUCCUCAGGUGGCUGAAUAGAAUGCCAUGGUACGACUUAAAGAGAAAGAGAGUUCUUUACAAUGGCAAGUCCCAACCAAUGUUUAAACAUCUGUUUAUGUCUAAAUAUAAGUGGCUAAUCUCAUUUAAACAGUUAUUUGUUCAUUUAUUUAAUGAUUACCAUAUAUGCAAGGUUUAUGAAGGUUUGUAGCUUAAGUUGAGAUUUAAGGUGUAGGUUUGCUCGCUGAGCUGUAGGUUUGAUAUCCAGAUGUUUCAUUAGUUGG